AAUAUUUGUGUCUGUUUUUGUUUGGUAAUGACUACGACGCGGUCAUGUUAUGCUGUGCAGAAAAAGACGUUCUUAAAACCGAUCACAAACGGCGUGAACGUUUUUGUGAUCGAUUUACGCGUUGCCCGUCGCGCAAUCGAUCGAUGUAACGUUGUUUCUAUUGCUUCUCUAUAAACUUGAUGACACGGACGCGAUCGAGCGACGGGUUCUAUCUGUCAAGGUUAAUGUACCCGGUUUCAUCAAUAUAGUUGUUUGGUGGCCGUCUUAGAUUAUUUCAUAAUGUCGGCGGUAUUAAGUUUAUUAGUGUAAGAACGGUAAUGAUUUUGCCGUGGGAAUGUGCGCAUAACAGUGACCCGGCCGUCCCAAACGGGAAUCAGUUACCAGUGUGCUGAUACGGUAGUGAGGGCGUCGAAUGGCGUAGAUCUCACAAUUGGAUCGGAAAUUCAAAGAGGAAGCAAUGGGCACGUGAAUCCUGACCCGUGUACGUCAAUCUUUUUAUGGCAACAUUUUGUUGAAACUCGCGCAGUGGUUAAUUAAUCCACGCGCUUUUAUCUGGUGUCUUCGUGAUCUGCAAAUCAGAAAUUCUCCGAAUGGUUUGUAAGAUCGGGUUACGUUACCGCCAAGAAGGUAUUCGUUUCGAGCUGAACACAGCAAAGUUUUGUUGUCGGUGGUGAGUUUAUUAUUGUCCUCGUAUGGCGGUGCUUGCCCCCAUAAAUUUCGAACGAAACGGUGUGCUUGGUCAUCCACCGUACUAUUACAAGAAAACAGAUUACACGAGCCAAGACAGUGCUCCAAAAGGAAGCAGUGACAUUGUGAAACGUCCUCCCCCAGAGUACGUGGCUGGUCCAGUGAAUGGACACCUCUACGCUCAAGUGGACAAGGCAUUCAAGAAGAAAGUACGUUCUAUGAGCCUUGAUAGUGGAGCACGAUCGAGAGGCGGAGACCAUCUUAACUUCUUUGAAAACAGGGCAAACACUUUGAAUCGGAGAAAUGCUUAUGGAUUUACAAACAAGGACAGUGCGGAUUGUAGGUUAAACAAACCCGAUCUUCAUUACACCAACGGAAAAAUGGAGCAAGAUGGUGGGGAUGGGUUGAAUAGUGAAGUUAAAUCGAUUGAAAAGCUUUUACAAGAGCUUGGAGAGUGCUCAGAACUCCUGGAUUCAACGCUGCAGCAAGCUCGUCCCGUCACACGAGGCGUGGAAUCGCACAAUUUCCGCGUCCCCAAAGGUGGACCAAUAUCCUCAAAUGGAACUACCACCCCACCGGGACCUCCGGUGCGUCAGAAGGCGAGCUUUGAAGCAGGGGUACGGUAUAAUAGGAGAGAGGCACCCCUUGAAAAUAGGAUAAGUGCUUCAAGACAGGCUCAAGGCACACCCUCUCGGAGCCCAGUGGUACCACCACCUUAUUCACAAAACAGCUCAUGGAAUGGCAAUCCAAGAACGGAACAGAUGUCUAACGGUUUAUCUGUAGGUGAGACACCUUUGUUUGUGUUACACGAAGCACCUUUGUCACAAACAUCCCCGCCAGUGUCGCCACUAUCGCCGAAAUUUUAUGCUACUCAAAUGAUGCCCAGGACUUUAAAAGCUACCACGGUCACUCACACAACCGUGGGUUACAACUCUGCGCCACAUAAUGGCACGAACGGAUUGUUAGCAGUCGCUGACGAAUGGACCACAACGACUUCUGGUAAGCUUAGAGGAGGGCCUGUUACGUAUGAUUUCAAUAACAAUAAAUCAGCGAACGAUGUAGACCUGUUCGACUUGGACGGGCGAAAAACUAUUGAAGACUCGGAGACGCUUCCAGAGAAAGGCAAUGUCCGCUCCAAAGUAGCGCUACUCACUGACAUGUUCCAACCAGACAAGGUGCGGCCGCCACCUCACCAACACGUUAAAGGGCACUUGGUCCCCAUGCCGGGUCUUGCUGGUGUGUCGCCGACGGAAGUGUAUAAAGAGAUAGCGAAUUACAACGCCAAGUCACUGGCCCCAGGAGAACUGAGCCACUCUUCGGGAACUCUAUACACCAGUGCAGCCCCUCCCAAGAGGAUUGUGGAGAGGACAGCGCCCAAAGUGUUCGAUAUUAGUGGAGAGUCACACGAACCUCUCGCUCAUGAAUAUCUUGUUCAUAAAACAGACUUCGCUGAUCAGCACCUGAUUGACAAGUCUCCCCCCAGCAGCAUUGACGGCAACAGUCUGGACGAAGGAGUGGAGUCCAAAGGUUCGAUAGAUGAACCUACGAACCUGGGAAUAUCACCAUCGGCCAGCAGUGAUGGCCACACGGACUCUGCAUUUGGCGAGUCCAUCGUCAGCUCGUCAUCAGUCUCCACGCCUGUAGGUGGCCUCUCGUCAAACCGGUUUAACCCGAUGUCAAGCACGACAGUAAGCCACGACGCUGAGGCUGGGAAUGACUUCGUGAGCCAGCAAUCAAGCUCCAGCAAUCUUCUUGAAAGUACUCCAGUGAAUGCACAGGAAGCUCGGGAAGACGAAGAAGCGGGUUAUGCGAGGUUGGAAGACAUCCGGUCCGCUCAAGAGUCAAAGGAGAAGCCCAGUCCUGCAAGUGGCGUCUCAACUGAGACUCAUACUACCCUAGAGAGGAUUAGCCCGAUUGACACCCCGAGGGUGGAGGGCAGCGUGGAGCAGAUCCAGGCUAAGACAUCAGCAGAUGACGUGGAGGCCAUCAAGGACAUUCUAUCGGAGAUCACUGAUAUUAGCGUCCCACAGCCAGCCCAGCUCAGUCGCUCCAGUACUCCGCAGAGUUUCAAGAGCGCAGGACUGGAUAGUAGUUACAGGAGUCCUGUAUUGUCGGAGGGAUCUGGUACCUUUGAAAAUGCGACUCAAAGAAAGAAAUCUCAUCCUCACUCGGAUAAAGGAUACGGGUCUACAACUAGCGUAUCCUCUGGCUCGUCGGGCGACAAUGUUUUUCUUCCUGACAGCCCAAAGAUUCCAGGACUGAAAUUCGACCGAGACACGUCUUCAUUUUGGUAUAAACCCACCAUUACAAGAAAUGACGCUAACGAUAUUCUUAAAGACUCGGAACCAGGCUCUUUUAUCAUCCGGGAUAGUCAAUCGUUCCCAGGAGCCUUUGGUUUGGCUGUCAAGGUAGCGGUGCCGCCUGCGCAUGUGCUACAGGGACUACAAGGCGAUCUGACUAAAGUUGAUCUUGAUAAUGAACUUGUGCGACAUUUCCUGAUCGAGACGACUAAGAAGGGCGUCCGACUGAAAGGUUACAACGAUGAACCCGUGUUUGGGAGUUUGGCUGCUUUCGUUUAUCAGCAUUCUAUCACGCCUUUGGCAUUACCAAUCAGACUGGCCAUGCCUUCUCACGACCUCCUGUCAGAGGACAAGGAUCAGUCUACUGAUAAAGAAGACGGUCAGUCCUGGCCUAAGGGCGCAGUUGGUUCACUCAUGUAUCUCGGCCGCUGUGAGGUUGAAAUGCUCACUGGACCAAGCGCAAUACAGCGAACUGUGGAACAACUAUCAACUGAAGAGGCGGCGAAGAAAUUCACUACUGUCAGCUUUAAGGUCACACCACAAGGAAUGACUGUGACUGAUAACGAACGAAAGGUAUUCUUCAGACAGCAUUUCCACAUGAAGUCGAUACUCUAUUGUGGAAUAGAUCCCAGUGACAAAAGAUGGGAUUUGAAGACGCCUACAUACAGUGGAAAAUCAAAGUCAUUUGGUCUUGUACUACGACAAACUGGAGGAGUACACAAUGAGUGCCACUUAUUCGGAGAAAUCUCUAAGGACUGGCCAUCAAGCAUUCUAGUUAACAUACUCAACAGAUCUAUGACUUCAUCCACGUAACGUAACGUAACGUAACGCAUCGUAACGCAAUGGAGUUACACAAGCAAGCCACAUGACAAGAUUUGGAAACAGCAUCUUGGGAAUGUAAAUGUCACGUAAUCAGCUCAUAUAUACACAAGUCAUGUGUCACGAGGAAUAUUAUCAUAGAACAGCUACACGAAGGCAACAUUGAAAGAGUCACACAGGAUAAUGAAGUAACAAGCAACGGAAUGUCCACAAUCAACGAGCGUCGCAAAUCAGGAAGAUAUUUCAACUUUCUAGAACCUGAAAAAUUGUUCAAAUGCAAAGGUCGCUGGAUUUGUCAAACAACCAGAUUCGGAUCAUCAUCAGAGCUCUUCGGAACUCUUCGGGAACACUUCGGUCCAUCCGGACAAUCUUCGUUCUUUCGUGGAAUUUAAUGCUUCGGUCGAUAGUGAUCAAACGUUUAAUGAGACUAAGUUACGUUGUACUUAAAAAUUAUGAAAAGGUAAAUUUUUGAUAAUGGUAAUUUGAAAUUACAGAAAAUUGAUAGAAUUUUAUAUAUAUACGUAUAUGAAUAAUCGCCAUAUUGGCCCUGUAGUACGUGUAAUCUCCUCGAUGGGGACACGGUUGGUCCCAGGACCGCUCGAAAUAGACAACAAGUACAUCCCGUGGUUACAAUAUAGUUUAUAUUAGCUUUGGCCCCAAAAAAAGAAAUUGUAGGACACAGUAUUUAUGGUUUAUCUCUUCAAACCCAACACUGUUUUGGUAAAACGUGCAGGUGAGUUGUAGUGUCGUGUUUUUUUUUGUUUUUUUGUUUUUUUUUUUUGUCCAAAGCGAAAAUAGAACAAUAAAAAAGCCUUGGAAUAGUUUCAUUUUGAUAAUGCAGAUCGAAUAUUACAUGCGUUUUGGUUGGCUUAGAACUGUUUUAGCGGAGCAUAAAACGAGGAAAGUCGCGCGUUUGUAAAUUUAUAUCGCAAAGCAUGUAAAAAAGCCAAAAUCAUGUGUUAUACUGUUAGAAAUACUGCGCUUCUUAGGCGAGCAUUCUUUGGAAGGCCACUAUUAUGUUCGUCGGAAUGCAGGCUCAGUUUGGUCAGCGUGACUGGUAAUUGAGUUCCAACAAACACGGCGGUCAAGCGAAGAAAAUAUUUAAGAUUUUUAAUGACUUAAAUUUUGUAAGUUACUACUAAAUACACAAUGCCAAAGCAAUCGUAUCCACAGAUUGCGUUUUAAUUAACGGUCUUGAAGCCUGGAAGUCGAGAAUUCAUUACUUGAGUGGCAUUUUGGAAGCGGCGAUUUUGGCGGCAACUGCGCACGUGCCUUACGUUUGACCGCUGGGUGUUUGUCGGCUCUUUUCUCGUGUUCUCCGCUAAGUCGCCAAAUUUAACAUUUUAGUUCGAGCGUUGUUUGAUUGUAUUUUGACUUAGAUCCUCGAGUGUGGAAAAAAUGGCUCGGAUAAAAUCUUGAACUUUGCAUAGAAAAGUGUGUACGAGCAGUUUAUGCUAACAAGUAGAUUGAUAGACAACGAUGUUUCUACAUGGUUUGGCUUUUUAUUUGUUUGGAUCAAUAAUGUGGGUUAAUCACGAAACUCGUAUAUUAGAAACAAAUUAAUAAUUGUGUUGUUUUGUAAAGAAUUUAUAAUAAUCGCCAAGGUAGUUUGAAUGUGGCGAUUGUAUGUAUACUUUAUAUCUAGUCUUCAACAGACGAAAUAUUAAAACAGGUACUUAUUCUUGAAA